GCGGUAGUGAAUAAACAUUACAACGAACACGCGGCUUUAAUUUUACAAAAAUAACUCGCUGACCUGGAUUUUAAGUGAAAUGUUUAAAUAUAUUGUUUUAUAUUUGUGUAUUGUGGAAGCGCUGUCCAGUGGUCAGAUAAAGGAAGAUGGGUUGAUCAACCAAGGGUCAAAUAAACACGUGGUUUUAAACAAAAAACAUCAAUCGACUGACGACAGUUGUGAAGAUUGUGGAAAUGCGAAGGACAAAUCAGCAGACAUUGCGGCAAAUGUUAGACAUGCGUCGAAUAGAAAGAGACAAAAGACAUUUGAGGCGACAUCAAGAGAAGGCCACAAGAAACCUUUUUUGAAACUUCACCAGGUCAAAAUUGAAAUUAACGACGAUGAUAAUGAAGAAGAUAAGAUUAUAGAUUUGAAUGAAAAACAUCCACAUGAAGAUACUGACAUGGAUCAAGUUAUUGAUGACAUCGAAUUCGAUGAAAAGCUUGAAACAAACGAGGAAACAAACGCAGGAUUGAAGGAGGUGUCAAAAGUGGAGCCAAACGAGAAAACGAAAUCGGGACCAAACGAGAAGUUAGGAGACGGACUAAAGAUGAUCUCAGAAGCGAGACAAAACGAGAAUUCAAAAGCGAGACCAAAUGAGAAAUCAGAAGCGAGACCAAAGGAAAAAUCUGAAUCGAGACCAAAGGAGAAUUCAGAAGCGAUACCAAACGAGAAUACAGAAGCGAUACCAAAGGAGAAAUCUGAAUCGAGACCAAAGGAGAAAUCAGAAUCGAGACCAAAGGAGAAAUCAGAAUCGAGACCAAAUAAGAAAUCAGAAGCGAGACCAAACGAGAAAUCAGAAGCGAGACCAAAGGAGAAAUCAGAAGCGAGAUCAAACGAGAAAUCAAACAGUAAAUCAAACAAAAAUCACAGAAAUAAACCAAAGAACAGAAAGCUUAAGCUAGAAACCAAAUCUUAUAGGACAAAACAUGUUCAAACAACAAAUGAGAAAACAUCUCCUGGAACUACAAAGGGUAACGCUGCCAAACCUCAAUCUAAUGUACCUAUAGUUAAAACAGACAAAGAUACUAAGAAGGGUAACACUAGUGAAAUAGAUAAAUUCCUGACUUUGGUUGAUAACUAUUAUAAAGACAAAUCAAAAUCCUUGGACCAGUCUGAUUCUACACAUGAUACAAAAAAUGGAGAAGUGCAUAGUUCAAAUUCGAGCUCAAAACCGAAAACAAAUACUCAUUUAGAAAUUGAAAGAGUCAGUAAAGACGGCACCUCUGUUAAAAAUGAUAAGAAAGGGGUUACUGGGGUACAAGAUAACCAGAAGAAAAAGGAGACCAAAGCAGAAAAACCUGAGACUUUCGUUGACACAGUUGAAGAAGACGAUGAUUUUUACAUGGUAAAAGAGGACACUAGAUUCAUUGAAAGUCAAGAAAAUGAACAGACAAACAAAGCAGACGACAGAGAAACUAAUAAACAAAAUAUUGGAUCACAGGAAAAACGCCAUCGGGAGGACGAAGAUAAAAAGAAGCAUUCUCCAAAAGUAUCUUCACACCCGAUUCCUAAAUCUAAACAGAACAUUGGCCAUUCAAAACCAGGAGAAAAGUCACAAAUAAAAGAGAAAACCUCAAAAGUGCAUAAGGAUAUCGUGUCUGAAAUUGACAAGACUAAGCUGAACACAACCUUUAACACCGGAAAUGGGAAGUUUGCUACUGACGAUUUGUUCCCAAGGGAUACAGAUGACACUGGGGAGGUGAAGGCCGAUGUUGACGUCAUCAUCCCAGAGAAAGCUGACGACAGGUGGUCACGUGAGGGGCUGGAUGCGGUUGCCGGGGUUGCUAGACUGGAGCGGAAGUUGCACCCCACAGUGGACGCGCCAGUCCGGGACAUCACCCUCUCCAUGCAACGACUCUUAGUGAGAUUGCAGGGCCUUGUUGGCACGGUUGUCCGUGAUUAUGUCCAUAUCAACAACGUUACAAGGUGGCACUACAUGACCGGGGUGAGAACCCAACUGUCCUCACUGAGACAGCAUAACGAUAGGAUAUACACUGUGGUUUUGGAAUCGUCCCUCCUGACAAAGCAGAUCUACAGACGAGCCCACGAGCGGCGGCGCCCCAACCAGUUCCGGUAUGAUUCUUCCCCGGUGGCGGACCUCCGUUAUCGCUCCCGGAAGUCUGAAAACGCCGCUCACAACGCGAUCCAGCAUGCGAUGAUGCUUAAACAGCAGAUAGCAGUUCCCAAGGCGAACUAUGACAUGAUGUACGACAAGUUUCUCCGCCUGCGGCAAGAGGUCGUGAGCGGAAUUCCUGUGCGCGCCCUGUACGACCUCGGCCGCCGCGCUAACCAGACGAUCCGCAGACUAACAAUAGAACGGCCGCUCCGUCAGCAGGCAUACAGGCGGACCGGAAGUGGGACAGGCAUCGGUCUAGCAGACGCCAAGUAUCUCGUGGCACGCGCACUAACCAUUGUGUCAGAAACAAAGAAAAACCUCAUGGUAAACCAGAAACGGUUUUUGGCGGACGUGCCGGCCUUCCAGGGCCGCGGGAUGUCCCUGUGGCCGGUAGUUGACGCCGCCUCUAACUAUGCCACAGAUCUCAUGCAUCGAGCCGGCAGCAUAGACAUGAUAUUAUCUCCCGUACUGAAGCGAGCCGCCAAAAUGUUGACUGGCGGUCGCACGUCAAACAUGCAAAAAAUCAUCCAGAACACAGUGAAUGGCUUGUCAAAAGACACUAAGGAGCUGACUCGUGUCCUGGAUAAGAUUCGGGUACUGAUAGGUGACACCAGGUUUUUACAAGAACGCUGUGAGAUGCUCGAAGGGUCGGGGAUGGGUAUCGGUGAUGACGAAGAUGAUGAUGAUUAUGAUGACGUCAUGAUUAUCGACUGCUCGCAAUAUAUUGAAACCAUCCCGGAAGGCAGUGGUGACAGAACAGAUGAAAUCAUUUCAGAGGGUUCCGGAGACAUUUCUGAACCUAUCUAUUCUAACGAAACCACCGGCCUGCUCCUAACCGACGACGGCGAAAUCAUCGACGACAAGAUCGACGGAGACUUCACAUUUAUUGACGGUGACCUUGAAGAAGAUGGACACGAAGUUGACAAGGUUGUUGACACGUCAGAAGAAUCGAAAAUACCUCAACCCGAGAUGAUAAAACCGAAGCCGACGAAACAUGCAGAACACGUUACUACUGCACCGCCUGAAGUUACAACACAGAAGCAAAUAAUGACGUCAUCACCGAAAGAUGACGUCACGACUAUUAAAACGGUAGUUACAAAAGCGACAACAGAAAAGAAGACAACUACCGAGGAGGCCAGCGUUCUCGACAUUUUUAGUUUUUGGAACGACGCACCUGCGGGUCAUCCAUAUAUGACCAAUGAACCAUCAACGUUAAAUGAAGCUAUCCGGGAGCGUCUAUACAACUAUUCUGCGACAAGUAAGAUGGUGAAAGAAGAGGCGGAGGGUGUUGCUAAACUAGCAAACGACUUGUCCGACACAUGGAGCAAGGUGAACAGCAGGUUCGCCGUCGUCGACAACGGCACACGGGAGGCCCGAGCUCAAACACUUAAGGCCCGUACGUGGGUCAGUACUGCCGAGGCCAUACACGAUUAUGUUACCGAGACUGUCGAACGUAUUGGCACACAGGUUGAUGUCACUGAAAAGUUGUGCAAAACGGCUACAGAGAUCGCGGCGAAGAAGGUUAAGACAUAUGAGGAGCUGUAUGACAAAAAUAAGGACAGGCUUACUUCCGCACCGUCUGAUGAUGCUAUUAACGACGCUAGGGACGCUGUUCCGACGGUUGCGUCUAACGCACGGGAGAUCGCGCGCCUUGUUCGGGUGCGGCCGGACCCUUGUGGCACCCUGGAACGCUAUGACCUUCAUAUCCGGGGGAACAUCACCAGUCUCCGUGAUAAGAUAGAAAGGGCGAGGCUGCUAGCCGCUUCGAUGCAGUUGUCAGUGGAGGUGCCGACGGAGCGGCAAGUGGUGGCAAAAGUGGAUGUCCAGGCCGUGGCAGGAUCGCUGCUCACAGACCGUGUUCAGCUGCAUUUCCGGCCGUCACAGGACACCGGACACCUGUUUACCGUCGAUUACAACGACACGGGCUCUGUCGAGAUAUUCUUGAAAAGCGGCCGUCCGUCCGUCACACAGACAUUGAACGGCGAUGAUACUUCCGUUUCCGCUGACACAAGCCUCCAAACAGAUUCCUGGUACACCUUACUAAUCGAAAGAUUCGCCAACACCCAUACCCUGUCUCUAACCAACACUAGCGGUUCGUCCGCCCGUCUGUCCGUCAAGGGCACACAGCCAUUUUUGCUACAGGACACAGCCCGCCCAACCCACGUGACAAUCGGAGGGGAAGAGACGGCGGGUGGCUGUAUAGGAGGGCUCACGGUUAACGGGCGGGUGACCAGCCUAGGGGAAGGGCUGUCGAGGUCAUGUCCAUCUAACAUGGUUUUUCAAGACCCUGAUCUAUCAGUGCUACUGGACGGUGGAGGGUACGGCCGUUACUCGCUGGACAGACACCGGUCAAUCAGGGAGCUAGAGGUCACCUUUACCCCUCUCUCAGAUGGCGCCGUGUUCAGUCUUGGCUCCAGAUAUCUGCGAACUAAAAUGGCGGCUAUAGUCUCCGCCGGGCGGUUGCACGUGUAUCUUGAACAGAAUACCAUGAAGACGUCCUUGGCAACGAAACAUAAAAUCCUCGGAGAAAAACUGACAUUGUCGCUGAGAACAGACGCGAGACGGGACAGUCUCAUUCAAGUUAAUGGUGCAUCAGAUGAAUUUGAUGACGUCACGGACGCACGCUUCGAUAUUCUGUCUAACCAUAGGAAUGGCUUAGUUGUGGGAAGCAUGUUUACCAACAUAAGCUCUAUGUCCGGCUGUGUCACUGCUGUGAAGGUGAACGGUGCUGAUGUUGAGCUACAGAGGCUAGAGGAUGCGAGAGGUGUUAAGUUCGGAUCAUGCCAACAGUCUGAAUGCGUUUCGUUUACGUCAUCGAGCCGUCCGUUAGAGAUGAGUGACGUCGAAGACGGGGACCGGGUAUUCCUGUCAGUGCACGCAGAUGCUCUUGGGCAGGUUUUGGAGUACAAUAAAACCGGGAAAGUCAGUAUUGCGGUAAUCCUCGGAGCGGACGGCGAGGUCACGAUGACAGAGAGUCUGAAUAAAGAGGAAUCGAAAAGAACAUUUGAUAGCGACAACAUCUACCACACAAUUAGUGUUAUGGACAGUCCGGACGAUAAAGAGGUGAAGGUCACAGUUGCAAGAAAAACAUUCGAGUUCAGCUAUAAGGAAAAUGGUGGUGGGGGAGGGGGAUGGGGGUGGGGAGGGAAGGAGGAAGACGCUGAAGAUGAUGUGGAGGAGGAGGAUGAGGAGGCAGGGUACGAUAUCACGUUGGGUGGAAACCCCGAUAAACCUUUUGUGGGGGACCUCCUGGAACUUAUCAUUGGUGACACUUCUUUGAAACUCCGAGACUUCCUCUCUUCCAACAAGCUGCACAGAUGCUCAAGAAAAGUUCCAAAAAGUGUUACAGAGGAACCAAUCCAGAUAAAACCCCGUGUAUGUGGAUAAGGAAAAAGAGCUCUGGUCCAUAUUUUAGAGAAACAUGUCCAGAUAAAACGCCGUGUAUGUGAAUAAGGAACCUUUGAUAUAUAUUUUUUGACGAACCAGUCUAGAGUAAAUGACGUGUAUGUGAAUAAGGAACCUCUGAUCUAUAGUUUGAGAAACCAGUCCAGAUAAAACGUCGAGUAUGUAAUAAGAAACCUUUGGUCUAUAUUUUGGCGAACCAGUCAAGCUAAAACUCCGUGUAUGUGAACAAGGAACCUCUGAUCAAUAUUUUAGAGGAACCAGUCCAGAUAAACGCUAGUGUACUUCGAUAAGAAACCUUUGAUCUAUAUGUUAGAGGAACCAGUCCAUAUACAACCCCGUGCAAGUGGAUUAGUAACAUCUGAUCCAUAUCUUAAGUACAUGUAUGUACAAUUACAACAAGCAAUUAAAAGAAAUUUAUUUCUGAUCAGAUUGGAACUAUAAUUUUCUACUAUAUUUGUUGAAAUUUUUAUUGGAGGUUUGCUAUUUUGUUAUUCCAAUGCGUUUUCUUUAAGCCAAAACCUUUGUAAAUAUCAAUAAUAAAUAAUUCUUUGUGUAUUAUAUUUCUCUAAAUUAUUUAAUCUAAAAAAUGUUUUUUUGUGUUUUUUUUUUAAUCUAACACGUGAUGUACUUGAGCGUCUUCUUUCAUCUGCAUGUAUAAAAUAUUUAUAUACCCGUAUAUGUGCAUGCACCUGGCCCUAAUUUCUUAAAACAUCUAAAGUCCCUUAUAAGAUAAGCCUUCUAUUGUUGUUUACCUAUAAUUUGCGUAAUAUUAACAUUCUUAAGAGAUCUUGAACUAUAAAAAGAAAUUAUCUUUAUGACAAUCAGGAUUAUUUUAUUCAGUUAAUCGAGAUAAAGUAAGUAACUUGGCUUAAAUGAAAAAAGCUUUUUAUUUUUGUUACGCUUAAAAACUUUCGAGGCAUUUAAGCCAGCAGAGUUGAUAAUCAAACGAUUUAAUCUGUUUUCAUCAGGGAAUACAUGUAUUUUAUACUGAAGAUUGUGAGCUCAAAUCUUGUUGAAUUCUACAUUACUCAUUACCAUUUGGUUUCAAGUGCUUUGCUUUGCUUUUAUUGUCCAUUAAAAAUAAUAUUGACGUAUCUAUUUAUAUCCUAUCUACAUUUGACCUUUCUUGUAUAGGAAACGUAUGUGUGCUUGUAUUUUUUGUGUGCAUUCUACUGGUUGAUUUUGAGUCAGUAAAUCAAUUCUACGGCUUUUUUGUUGAUAUAAAAUUAACCAAAGCAUGUUUCAAAGUGCCCUGUCUCAAAAUGAUUAAACGUGUAUUUUAGAUUUGCACCACCAGUCAUAUGUGUAAUUGUUUGUACUUUUUGUCAUGUAAAUGUUCAUGAAAAUAGAGAUAGGUCUCAAUAAUUCGCUAUUUAGCUUUUAUCAGUUAUGUUUUGCGUGUGUUGAUGUAUUUGUUUCUUAAUGACACAUCUGUCACUAUAUAAUGACGCCAUUAUUUCCCCCAGUCAUUCAUGUGCUGUGCCUUCAGAAUCAUUUAAUAUGAUUUAGUGUUCGAAAUUAUUUUUUGUUCAACGGGACGGCAGUAUUUUAAAAUAUGCCAUAAAAGCAGACGUCCGCCGUUAUUGAUUUUAAUCAGGUGAAUCAGUACAUUGAAACAGAUGCUUAGCAAGAAACUAAACAUAAUUUCAAACACUCAGCUGCUUUAAGAGUUAUAAGUUUGCAAUUUCAAGAAUACAAUGCGACACAUUUAGCAUUUAAUUUUGGAAAAUACAUUACUUAUAACCUUUUACCACAUUAGUUUUAUUGGAAUGUAAUCCUGCUUUGGUGCCAUAUGAACUGUACAGAAUUUAGUGAAAAAUAAUCAAAAAUAUAGUUUCGCAAAAUAGUUUAGGUUAAAUGACACUAAAUUAUUUACAGGUCAUAUGACACCAAAGCAGGAGUAUAUUCCCAUCAAACAACUGUGGGUGUUGACAUUUGCUGUUUCUGCUAGACAUGAUGUCAAUGAAACAUUCCCAACCAAACCGAGACUUUUGUUUUUGAACGUUGCCCGUAAUUUGUGGUCCGGAGGGACGCCUCUUUCAGAAUUUUAAUCAAUAACAACCUCACGUCGAAAUUGCCUUUUGUAAUACGUUCGAUAAUACUUUUUGAAAUAGGUUUUUCAGAAAUUGUUUAAAAGGUGCAUAUAUAUCCAUAAUAUUUGCUUCCUGUCUCUAAAACUGUACUGUAUAUUAAAUAUAUUUUAUUUUACAGUACUUUUGUUGCGCUUUUAUGCUAAUAACUCAAUAAAAUACAACAUUAAACAAA